AUGCCUAUCUAUGGCUCAACAUGCAGCGUUGAACCUGUCUCUCCGGGUAUUGUGGUGAAGAAACCCCAUCAGCUUGGAGAGGAAUACUUUGACAAACGGUUUGCAAACAACUUCUCUGUGGAGCGGCAAAUCCUUGAGAGACUGGGCCAGCACCCCAGGAUUGUCAGCCACGGCAACCUCCAGGCGUAUCUCGCCGAGCAUCACGCGUCCACGCCGCUGGACCAGCGCCUGCGCUGGUGCCGCCAACUUGCCGAGGCCCUCGACUACAUCCACGGCCGCGGCGUGCUGCACUCAGACCUCCGCCCGGGCAACAUCCUGGUCCACGAGACGACGCCGGGCGCGCGGGACCUGAUGCUCGCCGACUUUGGUGGCUCGGUGUGCGAGGAGCUCGGACUGGACGGGCUGUCCCUGCCCGACGGCCCGUUCUAUAGUCCCGUCUUCAACUGGCAGUCGAGCAUAUUCUAUACGGUCCAUACGGGACGGUGGCCGUACAAGCCGACGCCGGGGCGGUUCGGCAAAGUCGACGACCGGCUGGAGUGGGAGGACAAGGUGGUGUAUCCCAACUUCCAACAGGACAAGUUUCCCGAUGAUGUCGGGGAUUUGCCGGCGGGAGACGUGAUUUUGGCAUGCUGGAAGAGAGAGUUUGCGACGGCGAAAGACGCGCUGACGGCUCUGGACAAAUAUCUCGGGGCAAGGGAGAAGAAGUGCGCUGAGCCAACAGCCGUCACGGAGAAUGAAAAUCGUGGAGAAGAUGAACUUAAUAACAACGUAGUGGGUAUAGAAAACCGAGGCAACCAGUAUGAAGGUAGAUUAACUAGUCUUAUACAGCGCUAAGAGAGAAUGGAAAUAGAGCAUUAUGUUGCCGAUAGCACUUAAGAGAUGGGACACCCGUACAUCCCGGGAUCUCAGGGCAAAGAAUCGGCGUCUACGUUCGGUAGAGGCCUGGAUAUGGCUCCCCACUUUAGGGAGGUGGCAUCAAAUACUGCUGGUCUUGCAGACACUCACACGGUUUAAACCAGUAGAGCGUUAUUGCAGGGUGGAAAAAGAGCGCUUGGGCCAGGAACGAGGGUUUAUACCGAUGGUGGUAACCUUAAGACAGGUCUGUAUGCAAAAGACUUAAGGAAUGGAAAAAUUGCUGAUAGAGAUGUUAGGCUCUC